GGUUUAAAUAUAAGAGUGAGGAGGUCUCGCAGGUUAUAGCUUAGCCGCCGCCUUGAAAAUCCAGAAAGCCAUUUUUGUUGGAGCAAAAGGUGAAGAAGACGAAGCAGAGCUUAACGACUAUGAAGUACGUUUUGGUGACAGGAGGAGUCGUGAGUGGUCUUGGCAAAGGUGUCACUGCAAGUAGCAUUGGACUUCUCCUUCAAGCAUGUGGUCUUCGUGUCACUUCUAUCAAAAUUGAUCCUUAUCUUAACACUGACGCUGGAACAAUGUCUCCGUUUGAGCAUGGAGAAGUAUUUGUAUUGGAUGAUGGUGGUGAGGUGGACCUUGACCUCGGAAACUAUGAACGGUUUUUAGACAGUACACUGACCCGUGACAACAAUAUCACAACUGGAAAGAUAUACCAGUCAGUCAUUGACAAGGAAAGGAAAGGGGACUACCUAGGAAGAACUGUACAGGUGGUUCCUCAUAUUACUGAUGCAAUCCAAGAGUGGAUUGAGCGUGUAGCUAAUGUUCCUGUUGAUGGGAAGGAAGGUCCUCCUGAUGUAUGUGUAAUCGAACUAGGCGGGACUAUAGGUGAUAUUGAAUCGAUGCCCUUUAUUGAGGCCCUUGGUCAAUUCUCGUAUAAAGUUGGACCUGGUAAUUUCUGCUUGGUUCAUGUCAGCCUUGUGCCUGUUCUCAGUGUUGUUGGUGAACAGAAGACAAAGCCAACCCAGCAUAGUGUGCGAGGUCUCAGGAGCCUUGGUUUGACACCAAAUAUCCUAGCAUGUCGCAGCACAAAGGCACUUGAAGAAAAUGUCAAGACAAAACUAUCUCAAUUUUGCCAUGUGCCGGAAGUAAAUAUUGUAACACUCUAUGAUGUUCCAAAUAUUUGGCACGUUCCGCUGCUUUUAAGGGAUCAAAAGGCUCACGAAGCUAUCCUAAAAGAGUUGAACCUUCUUAGUAAUGCUGUAAAGCCCGACUUGGCAGAAUGGACUGCAAGAACUAAAAUUUAUGACACACUGCAAGAUCCUGUGAGGAUAGCUAUGGUUGGAAAGUACACUGGCCUUACUGAUUCUUACCUUUCCGUAUUGAAGGCCCUUUUGCAUGCUUCCGUUGCAUGUCACAAGAAGCUUGCCAUAGAGUGGGUUGCAGCCAGUGACCUUGAAGAGAUAACUGCACAGGAGGCGCCAGAUGUCCAUAAAGCUGCAUGGGAUCUUUUGAAGGGUGCUGAUGGUAUCCUAGUACCAGGAGGGUUUGGUGAUAGAGGAGUGCAAGGGAAAAUACUUGCUACAAAAUACGCCCGUGAAAAUCAAAUUCCUUUCCUUGGCAUAUGCCUGGGAAUGCAGUUGGCUGUUGUUGAAUUUGCCCGCUCCAUUCUUGGUUUUCAUGAUGCAAACAGCACAGAGUUUGAACCAGAAACUUCAAGCCCUUGCGUCAUAUUUAUGCCAGAAGGAUCCACAACUCAUAUGGGGGGGACAAUGCGCUUAGGGUCAAGGAGGACUUACUUCCAGGUUGCUGAUUGCAAGUCUGCCAAGCUGUACGGUAAUGCAAAGUUUGUUGAUGAGCGACACCGGCACAGAUAUGAGGUAAAUCCAGAUAUGAUACCAGAAAUUGAGAAGGCUGGCCUCUCUUUUGUUGGGAAAGAUGAGACUGGGCGUCGUAUGGAGGUUGUAGAACUACCAACCCAUCCAUACUUUGUGGGUGCUCAGUUCCAUCCUGAGUUCAAAUCCAGACCUGGAAAACCUUCUGCAUUGUUUCUAGGUCUGAUCGCAGCAGCGUCGGGGUGUCUAGAAUCAGUUUUGCAAACAGGUGGCAAGGUGAACAAAAUUUCGAAAAAUGGAGUAGCCAAUGGAACUGCAGUGGGGAAAGUUCACCAGAACGGCAAUAUGUACAGCAAUGGAAAUGGGCUUCAUCACUGACUCAAGAAAGGAACAACUUUACUGCAUUUUUAAAGUUUUUUUUUUCUGCUUUCAAUCAAAGCUUUACUAUAAGCCAGUCUACAUGUAUAGUCCCUGAGUUUUGUUUCCUUGUCUUGAAAGACUAGUGUUGGGUUUCGUUAUUAGGGUAUGGACAUGGAUAUGAAUGUGCUUCCUGUUCUUGGGUCGCUUUUUGCCUUUCAUAGCUAAAAGUAAUAAAAAAUCUAUUAUCUA